AUGGACGAUGAUCUAUACGAGAUAUUAGGUGUUUCAAGACUUGCCACCAAGGAAGAAAUAAAGAAGAAAUACAAGCAAUUAGCUAUCGAAUUCCAUCCGGACAAAAAUCCCGAUAAUGUUGAAUGGACGACAAAGAAAUUUGCUGAAAUCACAAAUGCGUACAAAAUAUUGAUUGACGACAAUGAAAGAAGACAAUAUGAUAUGACCGGAUCGCUUCCUGGACGCAGGAGAGCAAGAAAUCCAUAUUCACCUAACUCCAGAACCCAGUUAGAUGAUUUAUAUGAUAAGUUUUAUGGACCCUCUGGCGUGGCAUCCAAUAAUGCUAAUGAAAUUCCAUCAAGAGUUAAUUAUCCACCGCCAAGAAUGCAAUCCUGCCCAGUACAUGCACGCUUUGCAUCCAAUCCGCAACCACAAUAUGAAAGAUCAACAUUUGGUGUUAGUUCUGCUGCUUCAAGUGAAGUAUAUGAUGAAGAAGAGGAAUCAUUAUCUUCUUUAAUGGGUCCAAUUAUCGUCAAAGUUUAUUGCACUCUCGAAGAACUCCAAAAAGGAACCAAGAAAGUCUUCAAAGUAGCUCGUUGUCGCGAAGGAUCUUUGGAGACAAAGAACUGCACAGUUUCUCUUUACCCUGGCAUUGAAUCCGGUGCUGAAAUUGUAGCAUCAGGCCAAGGAAAUAAACUGGUUAAUAAGCCUGCAGAAGAUAUUAUUUUCAAAGCCAUCGAAGUUCCUCAUCCAAAGUUCAAAAGAAUUGAAAAUGAUAUUCAGGAGACUGUGCACAUUACAUUAAAACAAGCACUUCUAGGUUUUACACUCAAUACCCUUGAUAUUGAUGGUCAGACCGUAACGAAAGAAAUUAAUGGACCAAUAGAGUCCGGAUACAAAGAGAUUAUACCAGAACAUGGAAUGGUCAUUGCCAAAUCUGAACUUCGUGGCAAUUUUAUUGUCAAGUUCAAAGUUGACUUCCCUAACAGGUUGACACCAGAACAAAGACAGGCCAUUUCAUCAUUAUUCUAG